AUGCACCCACGUGCGCUGUGGGCUUCCAGCAAUAUUUGCUUGCGAUGUCAAUGGCGCCUUGCUUCUCAGGGCCAAAGGAGUGCUCGUUUGCAAACUUCUCGUAAUACUAAUUCUUCUAUAAAACCAUCGCGAACGCUUCCAGGGCGCGCCUUCCAUACUUUUACGCUCCGUGCCCAAUCUGUGGUUACUCCCACACCCAUCGACCUCGCUGUCGACCCUGUCUUCACCGCUCGACCGCCUCAUUUACCAGUUCGCAAUCAUCUUGAGAAGUGGCAAGCCCAGUAUGGAGGACCUAGUGAGGAGACGCUGUCUGCUUUCGAGAAGCACCCAGCAAACGGCGAGAUAUUCAACAACGUGUCGAAAGUGUCGAGUGCAUCGGCAAUAGAUGAUCAAACUGAAGGAGACAGGUGGUUUGCUGGUGAAGAUGAUGAUGGAGAGGAUUUGAUCACCAUAGGUCUCUUUCUGAAGCCUGGAGAUGUGGUCGAGCUCUCACAAUCUGGGCGAGAGCCUAUCCUCGCCGUCUUCGUGCAGCAACUCGACAACGACAGCCAGUUCUAUACCAUCAACGGGAAAUGGGCCCAUUCGAACCUCGCCCAGGUCUCUUUCGCUAUUCCAGGCUGUGUAGACCCUGCGCUUCUGCAACCUCUCGUACCCUUCCUUCCAACAGAUCCCGAUAAGGCCAAUCCGAAAGGCGAGGUUCACGUACCUCCAGAGGUUGCUGCUCCGGUGCAACGGCUUCUCGACAACUUGGCUGAAGAAUCAGAGGGCGUGUACCGAAAGAACGCUCCGGUUCUGGAUACCGCUUACGCUGUGCUCGCGGACAACAGCCGGACCCGCAUGAUGACACUGGCGCAGAUUGCGAAGACCCUGCUGGCUCGAGGUAGUACUGCGUGGACACCUUCUUCAUCGGAUCUCUUGGCGGUACGGAAAGCUCUGAACCAUAACGCCUUCCGCUUCCGUUCAGACCAACGCAGUCAUCGUUUAACCAACGUAUUCGCCAUUCGUCCUAAGAAGGAUGUGCAGGUCGUUGAGACUGUUCAUGAAUGGAUCCGGGAAUAUUUCGAGCAUCUGGCCAAGAUUGCGAAUGAACCGAAAAAGUCGGCUGUAAUGCGUACAAAGGGUGCAACGAACAUUCUGCAGUUCCUCGAGAAGGCUCGCAGACUAAUUUGGAAAAGUAGAAAGGACCGCGAUCCUAGCUCAGGAGGACUCGGGCCGAGUAAAAGUCGAGAUGCAAACGUGCGAGCGGUAACGGACGAAGCCUUCUCGAAGAGCGACCAUGAGAUCAUUACCUUCUUGCAAGCUUGGGUGCUCCACAACCAAUUUCAAAAUAUGGGCGGUCUGCACUCUGCCUGCGCUGAUCUUGUUGCAGCUACCGGAUGCUACAAACCAGGAGUCAUACAGCACUCUGCUGAAAACGAAUCGCAAGCAGACCUAAUCCGGCGUGCAACUGGGCUUGUGUUCUUGCAAGAGAUUGGAGUAGUCACACCCUACGAAAACCGCUCAAUCUACGACGAACAGCUCAUGCUUCCAACUGUUCGACUCUCACGAAACUUGGAGUUGCUGAACGAGAAGGCGAAAUUGCUUCGAAUCACGCCUGAUUUUCGCGACUCCAUGGCUGACAUGCGCCGUGAUUGGGGACCGACGAACAUCUAUUGUAUAGAUGAUGUUGGGGCCCAAGAAAUCGAUGAUGGUAUUUCGAUUGAGAGAGUCAAAGGUGCCGACUCAGAAUUUUGGGUUCAUGUUCACGUUGCGAACCCGACCGCAUUCUUUGACAAGACGCAUACACUCUCUAGUUUGGCGGCACACAUGACCCAGACUGUGUAUACACCGGAGCGAACAUUUCCAAUGCUACCUAAAUGGGCCACUGACGAUCACUUCAGUCUGCAGCGUAACCGGCCAGUGAUCACAUUCAGUUCCAAAGUCGAUCGCGAGGGAAGAGUACUCGAAACGCAUAUCUCGCAUGGUACCAUUCGCAAUCCAAUCUCGAUAACACCUUCAGAGUUGGCCUCGAGCUUGGGAGAAAAGACCAGAGGCGGAAGACGAAGACUCGUAGUUGGCGGCAACGUAGUGACCAGCGGUGAGGCUCGAGUUCCUCCAACAAUCAAUCCUGGCCAAGUUCAGGAAUUACAGAAUCUCUACGCAGUAGCAAAGGCAAUCUCGAAAAAGCGUCAAGAACGUGGCGGCAUUUCCAUGUUCAAUAGCUCACCAAGUGUGCGUGUUCUCGAGAGUGCUCAGAAGCCCGGUCUGACCUGGAACGCACCCUCUACCGACACUUCACGUUUCAUCAAGGGUGAUCCUAUCAUCGAGAUCACAAAGGCUGCACCAAAAGGAUUUUUGCGUUUCGAUAUGAACGCCACCAACAUCGUGGAGGAGAUCAUGAUGUUGGGUUGCUCCACGGCUGCGUCAUGGUGUGGUGAACGAGGCAUACCAGUGAUGUUCAGAGGGUCGAUCGCUCCGCCUAAUGUCAAUCGCGCACCGUCAGAGGAGCUUAAGCACAAUAUCAUGUCGAACUACCUGGAGAAGCACCAGAAUCCGCCGCUUCGGCUGACGAUGCAAUACAUGGAGUCGUUGGGUAGGGCUAUUGCUCAUACAUCUCCACUACCACACAGAGUGAUCGGAGUCUCCGGUUAUGUCAGAGUGACGAGUCCGCUUCGACGCUUCAGUGACAUGAUUGCUCACUGGCAGAUCGAAGCUGCCAUUCGAUACGAAGCGAGAACCGGCAAGAAAUACAAUGCUGCCGAACUGAGCUCCCAGCGUGGCAUAUUGCCUUUCACCCAGCGUCAAAUCCAAGAGUCGAUUAUAACGUUAUCGCCUCGGGAAAAGCUUAUCGCGGCGACCCAGAGGAAUGCGGUCAAUCAUUGGGUUUCUCAGGCUUUCCUUCGUGCUCUGCACUAUAAGGAAGCUGAGUUGCCUGCUACGUUCAGAUGCUGGAUUAGAUUCGUCGACUUGGGAGCGAACCUCCGUAGUUUGAAGCCCAUGGCAGUGGGCCUCAUGCCCGAGUUUGGCCUGAGGGUUGCCAUACGGGACAUAGAGGACGCCCAGCUGGGUGACGAGUGGGAGGUUGCCCUCGACAGUGUGGAUCUGUUCAAUGCUCGCAUCUAUGUCAAGCCUGUUCGAUUGUUGAACAGAGAAGCAGACGACCUUGAAUAGUACGCGCUGAAAGGCACGAACAUAACUUUUUCCAAGUAAGAUGAACCCUCAUCGUUCGUACUGUCUUCGAGUGUCUCGACCUUCAUAGCUGCAGCUGAAAAGUUCAGCUCAGAUCUUUGCUACAGACGUUCGUCCAAUCAGAUCAUCUUCUUGCAUUGGCGGCGAUGAGGCGUUCUGUGCGACGGGGAGGGACAGAUGGUCACGGCACACAUACCUGUGUUUGGUUUGACCUGGGACGUGAAUUACAAAUGUUCCAGUGAGCGAUGCGGCAAUGGCGAACCACACCAAUGUCCUUGAACCGGACGGGCGGCACGGGGAAGGCGAAAUCGAAGUGCGACGGCAACGAACAGUUACAGCGGGCCGGCGAAGCACAUUAAUAUCACCCUUGCAAGCCGUCAAAAGCCACCGGUGCACUAGCGACAGAUGUCGAUCCAACAAGGAUGCAAACGAUUUGCUGU